AUGUCGGAUAUCAACGAUGAAAAAGAGCUAAGCGUAGGCGUGGGUGGCUCAUCGCAGCCACAGCAGAAGGAGCGUCGGAAGAUAGAGAUCAAGUUCAUCCAGGAUAAGACCAGAAGACACAUCACGUUUUCCAAGCGCAAGCACGGGAUCAUGAAGAAGGCGUACGAGCUCUCGGUGUUGACGGGCACGCAGGUGCUCUUGUUGGUAGUGUCGGAGACCGGCCUGGUGUAUACGUUCACGACCCCCAAAUUCCAGCCCAUCGUGACGCAGCCAGAGGGCAAAAACCUGAUCCAGGCGUGCCUGAACGCUCCCGAAGACGAAGAGGAAGCCGAGGAGGAAGAGGACGACGCCGAGGAGGAAGAAGACGAGAGCCUGUCCGUCGAUCCUGCCAAAAUGCCGGGAUCACGCGGGGUUGCUGCUGUGCAAGCUGCGCACCAGCACCAGCAACAGCUUGCACAACAGCAACAGCAGCAACAGCAGCAGCAGCAGCAGCAAGUGCCACUUAUGCCACCCCAAAUGUCCCACCCUCAGAUUCCUCAUCACAACCCUCAUCAGCUCCCACCGCAGCCCCAGCAACAACCGACUCCAGCCGCCGCCUUUGGCAAUCCGGCUGCGUAUUUGAAUGCGGAACAGGCUGCCGUGUAUCACCAAUACUUUAACGGCGUGAACUCUCAGCAAGGGCAAUACUAA